AUGACCUUUGUCAACCCGUUUCGCAUGCAGGAUACGGCGGGCCAAGAGCGCUUCUCAUCCCUCUCCACCGCCUUCUUCCGCGGCGCAGACGCGGUUCUGUUACUUUACGAUGUCACCUCCCAAAACAGUCUCAAAGCGCUGGACAAGUGGUGGGCCGAAUUCUGUGACAAAUGCCCGCUGGACGACGAGGAGAUGGAGGGCUUCUGCUGCGUGGUAGUAGGGAACAAGACUGACUUGCUCGACGAUGAGAACCGAGUUGGAGAAGAGAUUGUCACGAAGGAGGAGGCGCUAACAUUCCUGGACGAUCUCAUUCCAUCGUCCAGCGCAACACCAACAACUGAAACCAUCCCGAACUCACUCCUGCCCACCACGCCUUCUCCACCCGCCAACUCUCGCCUUCCACUACUUCGACCCGCCAAAUCACACUCGCAAUUUGACCGCUUUGCUUCAAUUCGCUCAACUUCUACGGUGGGGACGACGACGGAUACGGCCUUCUUCACUCCCUCGUCCAGUUUCUGGGAACCCUCCGUCAGGAAGGUCGUUGAGCGUGAAUGCACGAACGUCUGCCUCACCGUCCGUCUCCUCAUUCUCGUCCGUCUAUGCAACCCCUCGAUCAUCGUCAAUAGCAUCUUCAGCGAGACUCUCGUCGAAAUCAUCAUUGCUUUCAUUCGCAACUGCUAUAUCUCGUCAGCCUACCUCUCCUACACCUGGAGGCUCGACAAUCCAUUCACCUGUCAAAGCGACAUCGCCUCUCCCUUCACAAUCGCCGCUCAGUAA